UUAGAUAUGGAAAAUCUUAGUUACAGGAAACAAACUUGGCUGUCAUCACCAUUUAGCCCUUUUAUGGCUGGCGAUAAAGCAGUUGAUGGACGAUAUACGUCACGCCAUUACUCAAGUGGACAGUGUGCUAUAUCAAAACCAUCAACACAUAUAACAUGGUGGGUUAAUUUGGGAAAGAUACACAGGAUCGAACUCGUCGUAAUCUAUUUCAGGACCGAUAACGUACAAUGGGGAAUAAACAAUGGCUAUACGGCAGUUUUCCUAGGAUUUUCCUUGUACAUUUCGAACUCUACUAAUCGUCUUGACGGAAUCCUAUGUCACCACGAUACAAAUUACACAAGAGAAACCAUUUCUGAUCACGUGACUAUUGAUUGUCCUUAUCAUGGACAAUAUGUCAUUUUUUACAAUGAACGUCUGCCCGGAGUUACCUACCCUUCCGGGUAUUCAAACUUGGCUUAUGGUGACCUGUGUGAAGUUGAGGUCUAUGGUGGUUGUCCCAGUCCUGUGGGUAAAAAUCCUCAGUGUUCGAGACCUUGUCCCUGGAAUUGUGAACAAUGCUACCGUGACACGGGGCUGUGUGCCAAAUGUUGGCCUGGAUUUCGAGGUCAUGCUUGCGAAUUACCUUGCCAAGCUAUAGGUAACGUUACAACGUCAUCCAGUGUUAUUUACAAUGGACCUAUAUACCAGGCGCUGUUGUCUUCCAAUGGACUUUAUUAUCCGGGCACUGAACGAGGGUAUGCAUAUAUAAAUAUGACUUUAUCUGAGAAGUCGACAAACAUUGUUGGUCUGUCCUUCACCCUUCAUCAGGCAUCCAACGUGAUGGUUACCUUACUGGAUAACAAACAAUCUGUUAUCAAGAAAUAUUUCGAACACUCCUCAGACAAUCAGAAAUGGAAUGUAAAAGUAAUGAACAGCGUGACCUCUCAGGUUCAUUCCAUCAGUGUAGCGGUGGUGUAUAAGCACCAGUUUACUAUCUCAAGUAUGAGGCUUCCUCUGCGAAAAUGCAAAAAUGAAGAUAUAUCAUCUGAGGCACAGAAGAAUGAUGAUGUAUCUAAAUACCUCUAAAGAUUCAUUUUAAUGGAUUUUUUUAGUGUAAAAAUUAUAAUUAAACGUCAUUCUCUUUUUCACGUGUUUGAUUGGAAC